GCUGAUCUGCGACUGCGCAGGAUGAGUGCCACGUACUGGUUGACGUUGACAGUUUGGAGGACACUUCCUGAUGCUGGCACCCGGGUUAAGCUAGGCUAGCUACCAGUUUUACUUUCACGGUUUGGGAGAACCUGUGAAACACAGCGUGGUCAAGUCGUCUGAUUUAGUGGUGGGAGCAGAAGAGGUCGGACGGCACCAUGAACGGCCAGCUGGACCUGAGCGGGAAGCUGAUCAUCAAAGCCCAGUUGGGUGACGACAUCAGACGCAUCCCUAUCCAUAACGAAGACAUCACCUACGAUGAGCUGGUGCUGAUGAUGCAGCGUGUCUUCAGAGGGAAGCUGCAGAGUAAUGACGAGGUUACUAUUAAGUACAAGGACGAGGAUGACGACCUCAUCACUAUCUUCGACAGCUCUGACUUGUCCUUCGCCAUUCAGUGCAGUAGAAUACUCAAACUCACUUUGUUUGUUAAUGGUCAGCCGCGGCCUUUGGAGUCCAGUCAGGUGAAGCACCUGCGCAGGGAGCUCAUCGAGCUCAGGAAUAAAGUCAACAACCUCCUGGACAGCCUGGAGCCCCCCUCAGAGCCUGGUGUGGCUGCCACAGCACCUGACAGUGAAUCAGUGGACGGACGUGAAGGCAAAGUGUUGGCAACAGACCCCGCAGCGAAACAGGUCACUCCAGUCAGCGCAGCCAGUAUGUCAGCCUUCGACCCGUUGAAAAACCAGGAUGAGGUCAGCAAGAAUGUCAUCUCCGCUUUUGGCCUGAGUGAAGACCAGGCCCCAGCUCCCCCAGCGGUUGCCCCAGAGGAGCGCUCGGGAACCCCUGACAGCAUCAACUCCGCCUCAUCUGCACCCCCUCAGCCAGGAGUGCCCCCACAACCUCAGGCCCCCUAUCCUGGAGUACAGCAGGGACCCCCAGCAAGCAUGGAUGGUCAGGUGUACCAGCAGUACCAGGCUCCAGGUGGAUACCCACCUCAGCAACCAGGUGCCCCACCACAGCAGCAGUACGGCAUGCAGUACUCUGGAUACAGUGCUCAACCCGGAGCCCCUCAGCCCGGCCCACCACAGCCACCACAACAGCAGCAGCAGCAGCAGCAGCAGCAGCCGUUUCAGAACUACCCUCCCCCCUCCUCCCAGGCUCCUGCCCCUGCCCCAGCUCCUGCUCAAGCUCCAGGCUUCCAGGGUGGCCAGCAGCAGCCCCAUCCAUCUCAGGCAGCCCAGCAGUAUCCACCAGGAGCCUUCCCUCCCCAAAACUAUACCUCCCAGGCCUCACAGCCCGCCAACUACAGCAUGCCGCCUGGCUCCCAGCCCAGUUCAGGGUACCAACCCCGCCCUGGAUACACCCCACCUCCAGGCAGCACCCCACCACCAGGAGCUGCUAACCCAUAUGCCCGCAACCGCCCCCCUUACGGCCAGGGCUACACUCAGCCAGGCCCUGGAUACCGGUAAAAAAGGAUAGCGGAUGUUACUGAUCCUCACACAUACACACCCUAGAUCCCCUUCCCUGUUAUGUGGCUCCAACUGUUUGGAGUGGGUGCGGGAAACUACUGCUCUGCAUCCCCCCCCCCGUACAAAAUAUCAAAUCCAAAUAUGAAACAAGAAACUCCCCAAGUCUGAUGGUUAGUGUUUGUAUGCCGUCUGUCCAAAUUACCACUCUGUCCUGGCCCCGGUGUUUGUUCUUGGUGUUAUUUUCUCUGCCACUGUCAGCUCUGCCCUCCUGUAUCUGUCAAUGUAAAAUGUAACAAGUCUGUAUGCACACACCUGGAAGACCAAAACAGGCUGUUGCACAACAACUGUCAUCAUUUUUUUUUUCUUCAUGGUAACACUUCAUUGGGGAGUGAGAUCAGCAACCAGAUUCUGCACUUUUCAUACAUGUCAAUGACAGACAUCUCAACCUGUUGUUUACUCUGUGGAAAUGCACUCAUAAAAAAAACACACUCUCUAAUGAGAGUUACCCUUGUUGUUUGUUUUGUCUGUUUGUUGAGUUUUUUUUUUCUUUAUUUGAUCAAUGUCACCACCAUGUCGGUAUUAAUGAUGUAUCAACAAAACUGAACUGCCCCAUGUUGGGAACACUAGCUGAGUGAUGGCUGAUGGGAAGUGUAGAUCCCUCUGUCAUAAAGAAGGCUUCUUUUGUUUAGCUUGUUAUAUCACCUCCAGUAAAGCCUGCUAUCCCUCCCUCUUUCUCUUUAUCUUAUCACUGGUUUUUACUAAUAAAUCAAAUUCCACCUUUAAGUGAGAUUAGUUGUUUAUGUACAAACUGUAACAUUUUUUUCUUGAACCUAAUAAAUGAUUGAGACCCA